UUCUUAACCAAUCUUCGCUUUGACCCGCUUAUUAUGUAUGACUCAAGCGUCUUCUUGUCCCUAUAAAUACCCCCAUCUCAUAGAUUCAUUGCUCAGUUCAAAUCGCAACCUUCAAUAUUCAACAAUUAUAACUUACCUACAAACGUACAACAAUCAAUUUCACGAAUACGGACUGAUUUGUUUCGGUUUUUGAAGAUAGUACAAGCAUGGUUUUGUCAGGAACGCUAAGGAAAGUUUUCCGACGUGCCCACAAAGAGAAAUGCCUUCCCGGCGGUGAGCUUGACUUGGAACCUGUGAUUCCGAUGCAUUUCCGGUGCCCGGUGAGCCUAGAAAUGAUGAAAGAUCCGGUGACAUUGUGCACCGGAAUCACCUACGACAGGGACAACAUCGAGAGGUGGAUUGAAUCUGGGAACAACACCUGCCCCGUGACCAAGCAGGUUCUUUCGAGCACUCAAAUGAUCCCAAAUCACGCCAUUCGAAGAAUGAUCCAGGACUGGUGCGUCGAACACCAGUCUCACGGGAUUGAAAGGAUCCCCACUCCGAGGAUCCCCGUUGCACCGUACGAGGUUUCGGAGACUUGCUCGAGGAUAAUCGUCGCCGCUCGUAAUGGGGAUAUCAAAAGGUGCCAAGAAUUGCUGGGGAAGAUUAAGAAUUGGGGUAAAGAGAGUGAGAGGAACAAGAGGUGUAUAGUGGAAAACGGUGCUUGUGCAGUGUUAGCCUCUGCUUUUGAUUCCUUCUCACGUGGUUCCAUCGAGGAAAACGAGGAAGUUCUAGAGAUGAUAUUGGAGGUACUCCCAUGGAUGAUGAAUCCAUCACGAGAGGAUGCAAGAUCGAAAUUGAGGUCUGAAGCAUCUUUGAAUUGCUUGGUUUGGUUUCUGAAUGGGAACGACCUUUCAGCGAGGCAAAAUGCAGCCAUGGUGCUCAAGGAAAUGCCUGUGAGAACUCUGGCUAAAACUGAAGGCAUAAUUGAAGCUUUGGUGAAGAUGAUUAGAGAGCCUAUAGGACCUAAUGCAACAAAAGCAAGCUUGACAAAGAUUUUCCAGUUGGUUUCCUCAUCUGAUGACAACGAGAGAAUCUCACAGAGAUUUGUGGAAUUGGGUUUGGUUUCUUUGUUGCUGGAGGCCAUUGUGGAUGCAGACAAAAGUCUAUGUGAGAAAGCUAUGGGUGUGUUGGAUUGUAUCUGUGAUUGUAAAGAAGGGAGGGAAUCAGCCAUGGCUAAUUCUCUAACCUUGCCUCUUGCAAUCAAGAAGAUCUUAAGAGUGUCAGCGCUGGCCACUGAGUUUUCAGUGUCCAUUCUUUGGAAGCUCUGUGAUAAGGAAGAUGAAGAGGUUCUUGUUGAGGCAGUUCAACUUGGAGCUUUUCAGAAGCUCUUGGUUUUGUUGCAGGUGGGCUGUGAAGAAAGCAUGAAGGAGAAGGUCACUGAAUUGUUGAAACUGUUGAAUGCUUAUAGAAGCAAAGCAGAAUGUGUGGAUUCAUCCUUGGAUCUCAAGUACCUUAAGAAGCCCUUCUAAUUCUUGCAUUUCAUCAGAUUUUCAUUCAUUCCAUUCUUUUUUGUACAAACAAUAGAGACAAAACACAAUGUAGAAACUACAGAUAUACAAUGCUUCCAAAUUGAUUCAUUCAGUUGAAA